AUUUGUAUUCUACAGGUUGUCCCUCUCAGGACCAGCAGUUCUCUCUCGUCUUCUCCAUCGCGGCAUUUAUGAACAGCGCCGCAACCUUUCCAGGCGGUUACAUAUUUGAUCGAUUCGGAACGGCGGUGACCAGAUUUAUUGCAAUAUGCCUGUAUACAGCAGCCACCCUCCUCAUCGCACUCUCUACAGCAGACACCGCCGUGCUGCUGUUUCCUGCUCUUUCUAUGUUGGCAACUGGUGGAAUUUUCUUGAUUCUGACUAAUAUGCAGGUGGGAAAUCUGUUUGGAUCGCAACGUUCUACGAUAAUAACGCUCUACAACGGGGCCUUCGACUCGUCUUCUGUCAUGUUCCUUGUCGUGAAGGUUCUCUACCAGAAUGGGAUUUCGCUGCAGGAUUUGUUCCUCUUCUUUUCGUGCUGCAGCGUUUGUCACGUUAUAAGGACGAUGUUUCUGAUGCCAAAGACUCAUAUCCCGUUCCCUGUACCGGAUGACUACACAUACGGUUUGGACUGUGGAAAACUCUGUCAGAAAACAUCCAGAUCCCGGGACCCUUCAUCAGGACCAGAUGACCCAAAAAAUGAGCAGAAGAAUGAAGAUGCCUCCAAGAAGCCCCUGGUGAAGCCGGUACAACAUGCCUGUGCGACCCGACCUCCUCCAUCAGAUCGUCUCAGUGAAAGGCCUGACGAUUCCAGUCUACUUAGGGAGAUCCGUUCUGGAACUUUACCUCUAGCGACAAUGAUCAUCAGGAACAGCGAGGUGUCGUUCCGGAGCUGCGUCCUCUCCUCUCUCUUCUGGGGGCAUCUGGUUUGGCUUUCACUUAUGCAGCUCAGACAUUAUCUAUUCAUCGGAACCCUGAACCCAACGAUCACUCACCUGAGCGGAGGAGACGCGCAACUCGUCAGUAAAUACACAAAUGUCUUCGCCAUCUCCCAGUUUUUUGGGGUUCUCUGUGCUCCUUGGAAUGGACUCAUCAUGGACAGACACAAAAGGAAACAUAAAGGUACGGACCCUCUUGAUGACCUCCGCUCUUCCGUCCUGUCUUUGUUCCUGACCUCAAUCCAGUGCGUCCUCUUCUCGCUCUGCGCCUCCAUUUCCCAGCUUCCUGCGCUGUAUCCGACCUUCAUCUUCCAAGUACUUAACCGCUCCUUCCUGUACGGAGGAAACGCCGCCUUCCUGUCCAUCGCGUUCCCGCUCAAACACUUCGGAAAACUCUACGGACUUGUGAUGUCUCUUUCCGCAGUCGUCUCUCUGCUGCAGUAUCCGGCGUUUUCUAUCAUUGGCGCAUAUCUGGGCGGAGACCCCUUCUAUGUAAAUAUUUCCCUAUUGAUCCUGAUCCUCGUCACCUUCAUUCAUCCCAUCAAUGUUUUUCGGGUUUGGAGACAGAAGAAACAUUUAAGAGACAAAGAAGAAUCCGACCUUUGACCUGUGAUUAAGAAUCUGUCGCCUUUAGGGUCCGACGCACAUGACAAGAUGUCGGGGAUUAUUUACACUCCAAAUGCUUAUUCGUAUUUAUUUUACUUGAACGCAAUAGUUAAUACAUUUCCUUUAUUUUAAUCAUUUUUUUAUUUUAUAAUUGUUCAGUUUUUUACUCUGUUUUCUGUACAUUAUGGGGCGGCCAUCUUGCUUGAGUUGAUAUUAAAGGAGUUUUGCCACCAACCACCGCUCCAGUCAAACAGGGGGCAGGAGACCCUUAUUACUGAGAUUGUUACGGCAGCCAAUAGGAGUCUAGAGAUAUAUUGACUUCUAUGGGAGAGUGUUGUGGGCAUGCUCUGUGACCUGUGCAGGGAGGGGGAGGCUGUGACCAUCACCUAUUUUCAAUGGUGGACCCAUUUUGAAUCUUUUAAAUAAAAUUUAUA